UACUGCCUUAAAUUGUAGUAGAAUACACUGUUAGCUUGAACUGUCUACCAAAUUCGUUGUUAUGAACACUUCUUCCACGCAAGCCCAAACUGGAGCGGUAGUGGAGGGUUCGGGUUCCACCGCGGCCUUUCAAGAUGAAUCUCUGCAGCCACAACGAAAUGUAAAAACCAGCGAAGAUAUUCCCCCAAACCGCGCGGAAAAGACACUAUACGUUAUGUCCCUUAUUCUGGCAAUCGUUACAUUUCCGAUUUCGCUUUUCGUUUGCCUCAGAAUCCUGUCUGAGUUCCAACGAGGAGUGAUCCUACGUCUUGGUCGUCUACGUCCAAAGCCACCAUGUGGACCUGGUGUUGUUUUUUACCUACCCUGCAUUGAUACCCUGCGAAUUGUAGACCUUCGCACCACUUCAUUUGAUCUGGAUACGCAGGAAAUUCUUACCAAAGACAUGGUCACGAUCAAUAUCGAUGGAGUUGUUUACUACAGUAUCAAAAGUCCUAUUGACGCUUUGCUUCAGGUUUUCGAUCCUACGGAAGCCACGGAAAAGCUAGCGAUGACCACGCUCCGGAACGUGGCCGGCACUCUCAAACUGAUGGAUCUUCUUGCUUCCAAAGAGUACCUUUCCUACCAAAUUGAGGCCAUUCUUUACAACUCCACCGAGCCGUGGGGAGUGCGUGUGGAGAGGGUGGAAAUUAAGGAGAUAGGCAUACCGGAUCAGUUAAAGCGUGCCCUGGCAGUCGAACAGGAAGCUAUGCGAGAGGCAAAGGCCAAAGUGGCUGCCGCCCAAGGAGAACGCGAUGCAGUGCGUGCUCUGAAGGAGGCUGCCGACAUAAUGGAGACCAAUCCCAUUGCCCUGCAACUUCGCUAUCUUCAGACCCUAAACACCAUCUGCAACGACAAUACCAGGUCUUACGUGUUUCCCUUUCCAGUAGAUAUUGUAAAACGGAUGAUGAAAUGA